UGUCUCCAUGUUCUGACUUGCACGUUUUCCUGUAUGUAUGUGUGCUUUUUUUGCUUUUGCGUGUAAAAUUUGGAGUCCAAAUAAGAAUUGCGUAGGCAAAUUGAAUAUUUCUUGAAAAAUAUAGAAAAUAUUUUAUUGAAAUCAGUGGGAAAAGCUAUAAAGUGAAAAUAUUUAUAAAAAUUACCGAAAUUUGAGCACGCAGAAACGAAAAUGAGCGAUGAGGAAAGGGAUAUUGACAUUGAAAGUGAUGACGAUAAUGAUUCAGACAAUGGUGCGCAAUCUUCAAGGCAUGCAAGCACACAAAAUUUCACGCAGGCCGAAAAGCGUGCACAUCACAAUGCUUUGGAGCGUAAAAGACGUGAUCAUAUAAAGGAAAGUUUUACCAGUCUACGCGAAGCUGUGCCAACACUUAAGGGUGAAAAGGCUAGCCGUGCACAAAUACUGAAGAAGACAACGGAAUGCAUACAAGUAAUGAGACGAAAAAUACAAGCUAAUCAAAAGGAUGUGGAGGAUAUAAAAAAGCAAAAUGCAAUAUUGGAAGCCCAAAUUCGCAUGCUUGAAGAGGCAAAGAAAGGCUAUGUGAUAGAUCCCAACGAAUAUCAGCAACUGAAUCAGGAGUAUCAAGCCACGGCAGCUGAUAGCUCUGAUGGUGAUGACCAAGAUUUCAGUCGACGCAGCAAAAAGAUGAAAACUUCCUAUCAAGCAUAGAACUUGACAGACUCUCAGUUCACGCGUGCACUAUGA